AUCACAGGUUCGCUUGAAUAUCUGGUAACAUUAAAUAGAAUUGUUGACUCCCGGAUCGUCACUUUCGUCGUUGGCAGAGGCGAGUCGACGCGAGAGUUCCGUUUCCACGAAGGAGUCUUGACUUACCUCUCGGAGCCUCUCAGAGCCUUACUUACUGGGGGUAUGCAAGAAUCUCUCGAGGGCAAAAUCAUCUGGGACGACGUCAAGCCUGCCACAUUUCUCCUCCUUUUGGACUACGCGUAUACCGGCUCCUACCCCAUUUCCUAUCCCGAGAACAAAGACUAUGCAAAAGAAGACACGAAGGAAGAACAAGACGCCGAAGAAGAAACCGAGGCCUGGUCAGCAGAGAGUGACGGCCAAUCCUACGCAGUAUUGAACUUUUGCAAGGAGCACUUCAGCGAUAAUAGAAUCGGUGAAGUCAGUUCGACUAGCAAGAAUCCUAUGCCCAGGAAGGAGGAAUCAGAAGAUUCCGAUGACGAAGCCGAUUCGAAAAGAUUGGUCUCGUUGGACCACCCAAUGAAACUUGCAGAGCUUUACAUUCUUGCCGACAAAUAUAUCAUCGAGGACCUCAAGAAAGCAUGCAUCGAAGAUGUUUGCCCAAAGUUUUACAAUGCGACUGGACAUGAUGAGUUGAUUGCUCAUGUGUGUUCCGUUUUUCGCUUCCUCUACACAUACACACUACAUCGAGACGAACUUCGCAAGGUACUACUACACUACCUCAUCGGAGACAUGAAUUGGGCGAUGAGCAAUGAUGCCGUCCAAAAUUUGAUCAAGGAGAUCCCGGAUUUCGCCGUGGAGCUGCUGCUCGAAAUACCUGAUACCUACUGGAAAGACCUU